UCCUAAAUACGGAGUAUAUUAGGGAAAGAAAAUCGUAAUCCCCAAACACUCACCUUUCUCCCCAAAACAUGGGUCGACCAUCAUCCGUGAUUGAAAUCCCAGAGCGCCGGAACCACCGCAAUUCACCGGAAUCUGACGACUCCAGAGAUCGUUACCGUCGCCGGAGAAGCCGCAGUCCAUCUUAUGGCCGGUAUUCUCCAGAGAUUCACCGCCGUCGCCGCCCUGAUUCCCCCGACAGAAGAAGAAGCAGCAGAAGAAGUCGUAGCCCUAUUCGUAGGCGGAGCCCCGAGUAUCGGGAACCUAGGAGGGAUAAUUACAGGAGAGAGGGAAAUGCUAGGGUACCGGAGGAGGAAUCGGAUGAGGAAUUGCGAGGGUUGAGCUUCGAAGAGUAUCGGAGGCUGAAGAGGCAGAAAAUGAGGUUGACGCUGAGGAAGACCUUCUGGAACAUCACGCCUAGUCCUCCUCGCAAUGAAAACGACGCGUUUUAUGACCGUGAAGAGGAGGCAGAAGAGGUGGGGGAGGAAGGCGGUGGUGAUUUGAGGAGAGAGAAAUCGAAUUCUAGGUCUGCGAGUUCAGAUUCUGAAUCGCGAAGUUCGAGUUCGGAAUCGGAGGAUUCUGAUAGUAGGAGGAAGAGGAGGAAGAAGCGGAUUAGCAAGGGUAAGAGUAAGAGUAAGAGUUCGAGGCGAAAGAAGAGUCGGAAAUCGGUUGAUUCAGAUGAAGAUUCUGAUAAAAAAGAGAGUGAAGAUGAGUAUUCAAGUGAUGAUGACGAGGAAAGAAAAAGAAGAAAGCGAAAAUCGAAAUCGAAAUCGAGGAGUAGUAGAAGUAGUAGGAGUAGCAGGAAGAAGAGGGGAAGAAGUAGCAAGAGAAGGAGGAGAGAGAGUGAUUCAGAGGAUGAUAGCAAAAGCGAAGACGAAGAAGGAGAUGAACGCAAGGAGAAAUCAAAGAGGAGUAGCAAGAAGAAGAAGAGUGAUGAAGGUAACAGCAGCAGUGCAUCUGAGAAAGAAGAGAAGAUCGAAUUAGAUGAAGCAAAUAUAGAUGAGUUAAACCCAGAAGCCUUGGCAUUGAAGGAGAUGUUGGAAUCCCAGAAAAUGGCUGCAGCUUUGAUCAAUGAGGCACCAGUUGGUCCACAGCCAUUGCCGAAAGCUGAAGGUCAUAUUAGCUAUGGAGGUGCACUUAGGCCUGGUGAAGGUGAUGCAAUUGCACAGUAUGUUCAACAAGGGAAGCGUAUUCCACGUCGUGGAGAAGUUGGGCUUUCAGCUGAUGAGAUUUCAAAGUUUGAGACACUUGGGUAUGUGAUGAGUGGUAGUAGACAUCAGAGGAUGAAUGCCAUUCGUAUUAGGAAAGAAAACCAGGUUUAUAGUGCAGAAGAUAAGCGUGCUUUGGCUAUGUUUAACUAUGAAGAGAAGGCGAAGAGGGAGUCGAAGGUUAUGACGGAUUUGAAGAGGCUUGUUCAACGUACUAUUGGGGAAGAAGUUGAUCCUAACCAUGAUCCAUUCGGUCCCAAGGAUGAUGAUGAUGUUGAACCGUAAUGUACUGUAUGUUCAUUCGUUGUUCCCUUGAUUUCCAUUUUAGGUUAAAGAUGUUGGUGAUUUGCUUACUAGUUAUUUGACUUGAGCUAUUAGUUGGAUAUGGGCUUUGUUGAAUCUUGAUAUUGCUGAUGUUCUCAAUUUGUAUUUGAUUAUGUACUGCUUUGCAAUGUUAUUACCUUAUUAGUUCAAA